AUGGUAUCGCUGCUUGACAAAGUGAAGUUUUUCUGUGUCGCGGGCGUUGGCCUGUUUUCUGAUGGCUUUCUCAACUUGACCAUCGGUCUAGUGGUCCCGAUGUUGGGCUAUCUGUAUUGGCAGGACCAGGGCGGCGAAGUCCCCUCGGUGCAAAGUGACAUCAUGAAGGGUACCCUGAAUGUUGGGAUGGCCGUCGGUCAAUUGCUGUUUGGUGUACUGGGAGACGCCCUGGGUCGCCACAAGGUAUACGGCAAAGAGCUGCUAAUCACCCUGUUCGGCACCCUCAUGGUCAUCUUGCUUCCCUGGAACAACUUUGACCAACAGUCAAUUGUUGCAUGGGUUGCAUGCUUUCGCGUUGUGACCGGAAUAGGCAUUGGAGCAGACUACCCCAUGUCAUCGUCUCUCACUGCUGAAAGCACGCCGCUUGGUUCCAGAGCGGUUCUGUCCCUGUCUGUCUUUGCUUGCAUGGGUCUCGGCAACAUAGCUGCCAGUAUCACGUUCCUCGUACUGGUCGAAGCGUUCCAGUCCGGGAUUGAGUCCGACAUUCAGUACGUCGAAUGGGUCUGGAGACUCUUAUUUGGCCUGGGUAUGAUCCCCGCCGCCAUUACGCUAUACGCCCGAUGGACGAUGGCAGAGACGGCGCCCUAUGAAAAGUACGUAUCGAAAGCCACGAGGACGGACACCGAACAGACAGACAAGCGAGGCCUAAGAGAGCAAUUCCGGGACUUUGCUGUCUACUUCAGCGAAUGGAAACAUGCCAAGGUUCUAUUCGCGACCUCAGCGUCUUGGUUUCUCUUUGAUAUUGCCUACUACGGCGUCAACCUCAACCAAAGUGUCAUCCUCAAGGAAAUCGGUUUUGCCGAUGGAGCUACCCCGUGGCUCACCCUUCGCAAUACUGCCAUCGGAAACAUCAUUGUCCAAGUUGCUGGCUACCUUCCUGGAUACUUCUGCGGAAUCCCCCUACCCGACCUUCUGGGACGCACUCACCAGCAGUUCUACACGUGCAUGAUAGUCGCCAUUCUAUAUGCCAUCUGGGCCGGCAUAACCAAUCACACCAGCGUGGGAGGGCUGAUGACCGUCUUCACGCUCUCCCAGCUCUUCCUCAACAUGGGCCCUGACUGCACAACCUGGCUCAUGCCUGUCGAAGUCUUCCCCACCUGCGUUCGCGGCACGGCACAUGGCAUCUCCGCGGCGGCAGGCAAGCUCGGCGCCAUCCUGACUGCGUUCGCAUUCGGUACUGUGACUGACCGUAUUGGCUUGCCGGGUGUGUUGGGCCUCUUUUCAGGCGUCAUGGUCCUCAAUGCUCUGGUCACUUUUUUGAUUCCCGAGACGAGGGGCAUGACUAUUGCUGAUAUCGAGAACGAGGUUCAUUUUGCUGAACACCGACCAAUGGAUAUAUUCAAGUGGCCAGGACUUUGGAAGAAGGAGAACGAGGAAGUGGAGAAGGAGGAACUGGAUACGGAUGACAAUGAGCCUUCAAAGUCUGUCGGCGUUUUUCCCAAUAAGGACGUGUCUGUUUGA